AUGGUCAUGGUCAUACCGGUCCUGUUGAUAUAUUCUCGACAUCGUGUCUUCUCGGACGACAAUCGCUUCUCACAUGGUAAGGUACUGAGUGGCGAGACGUCCGCCGACUGUGGGCUGCGGGCUCACCUGACCGCCACUAUCUCGAUGAAGCCUUAUAUGGCGACGCCAGCGACCGGUAAGAAGACCCUGACAAACCUGACCAGCCAGCUGGUGCAGCCAUCCCGGUCGUACGGCGUCGAGAGGAAGGAGGAAACCAACCACCGCCGCUGA